CGACGCUUAAAAUGUGUAUUCACUGCAUCAAGGGAUUAAUAGUCGAUAUGGACGUCGCCCAGUGUUAGGAAUGAUCGAUUUGCUUAAAUGGCCAUGGAAGAUACAACCAAAUACGGGACGUCGACCGUCCUUUUAACAAGCGUCAGUGAUGCUGAAGAAAAACCCAAAGAGUUGGAAGGAUUUCCUUGUAUUUCGCCCAUGGAUGACGAUUAUCUUCUCCAUAAAGAAAAGCAGAUGCCAACACAGUUGAUGGAUAGGUGGAGGAAGGCAGCCCUUGUGAUAUCAUACGCUUCUGUGUUUACAACUUUUGUGAUUGGAGUUUGUGCAUUUGUCAUCUCCACCUUGGCGAGAAGUUCUGCUGCAUUUGGUUUUGCUUUUGAUUCACUACUAGAUGUUUGUUCAUCAGUGGUUGUAAUUUGGAGAUUCUGUGGUUUAGCUGGACAAACUUACUCUUGGGAAAGAGAAAGAAGGGCAUGUAUAGCAAUUGCUGCAUUAUUUGUGUUAUCUGGUACUGGAAUAUUUAUUAGAGCAGUCAGGUCAUUGAUUGUGGAAAAGCAUCCUAUAAGGUUCACAGGUGUUGAGGCAAUUUCUGGUGUCAGUUUAGUGGCGUUUACAAUUUUAGCCUGGAUAAAAUUUGUUACAGCUGAAAAACUUCAUAGUGAAGCUCUACGAACUGAUGGUUAUUAGCAAAUCUUCUUUCUUCAAAAGGAAAAGCCGCUCCCCCCACAUGGGAAGGAUUCGACUAGUACACUGUAAGCAUCCCUAAAUAGUGGGGGAACCUUGACCAGCUGGGCAGGAGAAUUUUCUUGGAAAUAAGUUUUUACACAGUCAAGCUUCUGUUCUGUAAGGGAUUAAUUCCCUGUCCUGUUGCCACUUUUCUUCAAUUAAAGACCAGGACAAUAGAGAGGAAUGAGGAGAGAAAAUUUAGGAAGGACAAUGCUCCUGAGAACUGUAUGUUACACAUGAAUACCUUUGGCUCACAGAUGUCACUUUGUUUCCUUAUUUGUGUGUAUAAAGAAAGAGGAGUGUUAGAGGAUCAAGUUGAAAAAUCUCUAACUGUAGGGCUGUGCUCUGAAGGUGCUGGGUUAGUAAGAGCAACCUGUGGAUGACUUUUAUCAGUUUUCUUAUUAGAAAGCUUUUAAAAGUUGGGCACAUAAAUUUUGUGAGAGAAAAGUUUUCACUCACCCACUGAUUCUUCAUCGACUUUGGAUCACAGCUUUGAGCUGAUUAUUUUCAUCCCAUCUCAGUGAUUGGCCUAAAACUACUCUUUGACCCUUCAACCUUUAAGAGUGAUAAGCAUCCAAUUUCUCCCAAGACUAGCACCCCUAAAUCAAACAUUGAGGUGAUGGGAAUUGUAAACUGAUGUUAUGGCGUUAAGGUUAAUUUAAAGUCAGUGAGUAGAACUUUCUAUUUGCAUCGGCAAGGUAAUUUAUAACUAAGUAUUUUGAUAUGUACAUAGUGUAUCUAUUUAUCAAGUUCAAUAUUUUUUGAAUAAGAACUCAUUUAGGCGAUAUUAUUUAUUAGUGAUUUCUUUGCACUAUGUGAGGUGAUAUAUUCACAAUUUGUGCCUUCUUAAGGCAACAAAAAAUUGCAAGAAAUUAGAACUCAAUGCUCAUGUGUAAGGAUGUUUUAAGUUAUUUUUACACUUAAGAAAAUUCAGGAAAUGUGACGUAGCCUUAUUUAUUAAAUAUUUAUUGUGUCUCCCACGUCAGUGACGAAAGCAAAUUAGAUGACCAUUAAGUGUCAGCUGUUUUGCUAUUUUUGGAGGCUUUUGUUGCCUGUUUUUUAUUUUUAUUAACAUAUUUUUUUAUUUUCGGUUAACUAGACUUAUUAUGAUGGUGAAAUUAUCCCAUAUAAAGAGAAAUAUGUUGAUUAUGGAACUUG